AUGGACGGUCCAGCCCUCGUGCCCGACGAUGUGCUCGACCCGCCGCCUCCCCCGCCGCCGCGACUGUUUGAACGCCUCCGACAGAUAGCUGGAUAUACUUGGGACGAAGCGACGCCGCCCUUCCACUCGUCGUAUGACUACUGGCAUGUUUUCGGCACCCGAUACGUCUAUCCCACUCUGCCGCCCUCUACCUCGUCGCAGAACGCCUCUAACCCCGGCUCUGUAUCCAAACUCCAGUCGGGUCGUCCAACUCCCUCCGACCAUGGCGGCCCUCUCUCCAGCUACAGCUUCGGCUACAGCAGCGAACCCCCCGCCUCCCCGCUGCCUGCUGCCCACUCCAAUCCCAUCGCCUCGCCAUCCUCCACCGACGUAGCGUACAUCGAAGAGCCCGUCGUGGCGCGCGUAUCCCAUCAUGCCCUCCGCGAGGAGAGGGCCUUCCAGAUCGCCAAAAGCGUCUCGACGACGGCCGACCCCAAUGGCGACCACAUCGUAAAACCUCUCGAUUUGAUUCGGCUGAGCCCGACGACCGGCGACCGUGGCGCCAUCGUCGUCGCCAUAUACCAACAUCCAGGCCACAACCACCUGUUCGACGUCUUAGACAUGGGCCCUGCCUUUUACGAGGCGCGCAAAGAUGGCGAUACAUAUCGAGCUAUCCACUACCGACCAACGCUUCAAGCCCCCAUCAGCCUUCGACUGUUUCUCGAUUUCGCCAUUGGCGCGGCCCAGUGCUUGGAGAUCCUCCACCAUAGUCGCGGCAUGGUUCACGGCGAGAUCCGAGGCGAUGCUUUCCAUUUCAACGCCGAAGAAAACAAGGUCCGAGUCAUGUCCUUUGGUUCUGGCACCAGGUCCUUCGAGCAUGGCUUGACUAGCACCGGCUGGUCUUUACUCUCCAAAGAACUGGGAGGCAGGAAUAAGCUGCUGUAUAUCAGCCCCGAACAAACCGGUCGAAUGCCCGCCGAGCCUGAUAGCCGUACCGACAUUUACUCGCUCGGCGUUGUCUUUUGGAGCCUCCUUACUCAACAACCCGUCUACACGGGAGAUUCAGCUCUCGAUAUUGUACAAAGCGUGCUCGGCCGCAGAAUCCCCAAUGUGGCAACCGUACGGAUGGAUAUACCAGAUGUUAUCGGGCGGAUCAUCCAGAAAUGCACGGCUAAAAACGUUGCUGACCGCUACCACUCAGCUAGCGGACUACGUCACGAUUUAGUCUGCGUCCAAGAGUAUCUCGAAGAUGGGAACACAAAGGCCCUCAAGGAGUUCAAACUCGGAACAAGUGAUGUGUCGUCGUUCUUCAUGCUCCCGACCUCCAUGAUUGGCCGGCAGGAGGAGAAAGCCGCCGUUCUCAAAGUUAUUAACCGUGUUGCUAAAAGCCAUGCCGCUCAACGCAAGGGCCCUACCAGCAGGUUCUCAGACGGAGCCAGCCUUACCGAGAUCAUGACCUUUGAUGACAUUUCUAGCGAAGGCGGUGCCAGCUCUCUUGAUGGCCAUAACCGCAGGAGCGGAUCGUUUGCUCAGACUAUAUCAUCUGAAACUCGACAAACAAAAAACAGCUUAUUCCCUACAAUCAUAUCCGAGACCAUGACCUUGUCAACCGACACCACUUCGUCAUCCCAGUCUACAGCCGCCAUGUAUCCUAGAUUUACGAGGCCAUGGGAGCGAUGGGAGCGCCACCAGUCCAUUUCUCUGGGUUCCCUGGACUCCUCAAGCAUGGUCGAGAGCCUAAAUGUGGAAGGGCCUCGUGGCCCGAUGGACAUCGGUGCGUCCAGCCUGUCUAGACAGCUUGGCUCGGCUAAAUUUCGACGUCAUGGGCACUGCGAAGUCAUCAUGGUGGAAGGUGUUGGCGGUGUGGGAAAGAGUCUAUUCGUGCAGUCAGUCCUGGCUGAUGCUCGGCGUAAUGGCUACUGCGCGACGGCCAAAUUCGACACCGCCAAGAGAACGCCGUUUGGACCGCUACUUAAGCUUCUAUCUUCACUAUUCAAACAAGUUUGGGGUGAAAGGGAUACAAAUACACCCUUUCACGUGGGCCUAAAGCAAUACAUUCGUCCAGUAUGGCCAAUGCUGCACCGGGUCCUAGGAUUGCCAGAAUUUCUCCUUGGUCCGCCGGACGCGAAUAUCAUGCGGCCCAUCUCGUCAUCUCAGAGCUCAGGCUCACGCAAGGACUCGCGGCCACAGCUGAAGCGCAGGACAUCGUCUCCUGGAGAAUCUCCCGGGUCAUUACCGCGAAUCGCGGCAGGAUAUGGAAUGCAAUCUUCUCAAGACUACCUCUGCGCUGGAGCAUCAACCAAAACCAUGCGUUUGAUCAACACCAUCCUGGAUGUACUCAGGGUCUUCACCGCUCACAAGUUUAUUUGUUUCUGCCUGGAAGACUUGCACUUUGCCGAUGACGAAUCUCUUGAGCUCAUCUCCCAGAUCAUAGCCGCCAGGAUGAAGAUGGUUGUCAUCGUAACGUACAGACCGGAAGAGCUUUCAAUAACAAAACUCCGGGCUAUGCUGCAGCCCCCGGAAUCGGAUGGUGAUUAUACCUCUCUGCUUACGGUCCCACGAGAUGCUGAUGGCCUGCUAGAUAACCCUCGCAGUGCGCGCCCGCAGGUUACGAGAAUUACGCUCAAUCCACUCAGCGAAGAUGAUAUCCUUCAAUAUGUGUCGACAACUCUCUCUAGGCCACGGGAAGAAAUUCUCUCACUUGCUCUAGUUAUUCAGUCCAAGACAGCCGGCAACCCGUUCUACAUGCGAGAAAUGCUUAGCGCCUGCCAUAGAAAGAAGUGUAUUUGGUAUGACUACCGUGAUAGCCAAUGGCACUAUGACAUGGAUAGACUAUUCGCACAGUUUCAAGGCGAGAAGGAUUAUGAUGUUUUAGAUACCGCCUUUAUCACUCAUCGACUAGCCGAGUUACCGUCUGCUGCGCGAGCAGUACUUGCUUGGGCGGCUCUCCUGGGAGGCUCAUUCUCAUUCGAGCUCUUAUGCCGACUUAUGAGCGGAGAGUUUGACUACCAUGAAGACGAUGGGAUGGUUUGUCCGGACAAUGUCACCCAGCGCGCCUACACCGAAGGGGAAGCUGUCGCAGGAUUACAAGCGGCUAUUCAGUCUUACAUCAUUGUACCAACCGAGUCCGAUGACCGCUUUCGUUUCGCACACGACCGCUAUGUUCAAGCGUCUUCAGCUUUGAAGGAGUGUAAUGCUCGAAAGAUGCACUUCAUCAUAUCGCAGACGCUUUUGAAAUACUACGCGGUUGAAGCUAGGCAGCGCGAUAGCACUGCUUCACAUAUUUGCACCGCCGUCGAAAUAAUCAAGCGUCGGGUACGUUGCCGUCGGGAGUUUCGUAAACUGCUCAUGGAGUGUGCGCAGGCUGCGACAGAGAACGGCGCUCGACCUACGGCGGUCAAGUAUUAUAAUGCGGCGGUCUUACUCUUGCAGGACAACCCGUGGUCUGACGAUGUCGAGGAUGCCUCUUAUGACGAAACCAUUCAGCUUUACCUCCGAGCGGCUGAAUGCCAUCUAUACAUGAACCAAGUGACCUCGGCCGGUGAUCUUCUGUCUAUCAUCCUGAGCAAUGCCAAUAAUCCGGUAGACAAAGCGCCGGCGUAUGUCUUACAGUCACGGAUAUUUGCGCAGAGUGGCAACUCCCCGGCGGCACUUGCUUCUCUCAAAGAAUCUCUGGCUUUACUCGGCAUUUCCCUCGAUGAAGAAGCGUCGUAUGAGAAAUGUGACGAAAGAUUCCACAAAAUUGCGGCCCAGAUACAAAGUACGGACCGCCAGACAAUUCUCAGUCACAAGAAAUCGAGUGACCCCUCCAUGGCAUCCAUCAGUGCGGUGUUUGCCGAGACUACCAAUGCGGCCUGGUGGACCGAUCAUCUGCAGUUUUACCAUCUUAGCCUGAUUUUAUUUGAUACCCAUCUUUCUCGAGGCUCUUUCCCGCAGUCUGGUAUGGCAUUUCUCAACCUGUCUGUUGUGGCAAUGUCGCGUUUCAACAUGAUCCCGUUGGCCAUAGAACUGGCCAUGAUAUCCCAGGAUCUGUUAUUUCAGGCCCGUGACGCCUACUCGCUGGCACGGGGUGAGAUGCUACAUCAGUGCUUUAUUGGGCAUGCACACUGCUCCCUGCCGCAGUCUAUCUCCCAGAUGGACGACGCAAUCGAGCUGGCGUCUGUUGCAGGUGACAGAAUGUCGACAAUCCACAGCUAUGGCAUAGCCGCUCAGAUUAAAUUCUUUGCGAGCGAGAAUUGCUCCGAGCUUGAAACGUUCUGUGAGCUAGCCUGCGAAGAGAUUACCAAAUGGGCCUGUGACACCAGAGGUGGAGUAAUGCUCCUUGCUGUCAGACAAGCCUGCCGGGCGCUACAGGGCAAAACUCGCGCUCACAACCCUUUGGAGGUCAUGACCGACGGUGAGCACAAUAGUGCAUCGUACAAGCGGUUACUGGCGGAACGGACCAAAGGUAGCACUCGCCCUAUGUUGUUUUACGAAAGUUUAGAAAUCGUCGUCUUAUUCUUAUAUGGCCAUUAUGACCGGGCCAUUGAGGUUGGAGAUAAAUGUAUUGAUCAUCUCGAUGACAUUUGGUCAUCACGAAAUACCAGAUUGAUUGUCCUCUUCUACGGGCUGGCACUCGCGGGCCACCUGCUUCGGAAGAUUCAAGAUCCGCGAAGCCAGCCAGGAGAAUUCUCCGAAGAGACUCAAAAGCUGGCAGAGCGGCUCAAGGGGUAUUUGAAACUGAUCACGGAUUGGACAACGGUAUCCAAUGUAAAUUACCUGACAUGGGCAAAACUUUUGGAAGCACAAAUGGCAGAGCUGUCCGGCCAACACGGUGAUUGUAUUCAACACUACGAAGAGGCUUUGGACCAUGCCGCCGAGCACGAUUUCAUUCUGGAAGAAGCUCUCGGCAACUACCUCAUGGCGGGCUUCUUCAUCCGACGCAGGGCGCGGCGGUCUGCCCGUGCCGCUCUUCUAGAUGCCCUGAGCUUAUAUAGGCAAGUGGCAGCUACGGGUGUUGCUCAUGCCAUUGAGGAAGAGCACUCCCUUCUCUUGCAUGGGCCGACUCGAAACCAUCGCGUUGCGGAUAUGGGUGUCCAGACCGAUUUUGUCACCGACGCACCUUCAGUCCAAUAUCGCCCUGUGGAUGGUGAAGAAGAUGACGUCCUGACCCAGAUUCCUUCCAACACCUUGACAGAGGCAAAGGGAGAGCAGAUUGGAGCCUGGAGAAAUUCGAUGCACAUGCAGACAGAAGACGGUGGUGGGCUCCCUGCUCUCGAUAUGAUCGAUUUGCACGCAAUCCUCAAGUCUUCGCAGGUCAUUUCGUCACUGCUACAGGUAGAAGAACUGCUUAAGACCAUGUGCGAUGUCAUUUUGCAGACAUGUGGUGGUUCAGCUACAAAUGCCGCUAUUGUGGUCUAUGCGGAAUCGGACGGCUGGUGUGUAGCUGCAAGUGGUGAUCCGGAGAAGGGAGCUUCAGCACACAAACCAGCCCUACCCCUCACAGACACCCCUCUGAUUGCUGAGAAUGUUGUGCUUUACUGUACACGUUUCAUGGAAACUGUCUUCAUAUCGGAUAUCGUCUCUGACGAAAGAUUUAGCAACGUGAAUGAGUCUUGGCUACAAAGGAAUCCAACGAGCAAAUCGAUCAUUGCCAUCCCAAUACGCCAUGCGAACAAGCCACUGCUUGGCGUUUUGUAUCUCGAAGGCGUCCCCGGAUCAUUCACAGAUCGCAACGUAACCGUUCUCCAGCUCUUGGUCAACCAAAUCAGCAUUAGUUACUCCAAUGCCCUGUCAAUAAAGAACAUUGAGAAGAUCUCGGCAGAGAACCAUUCCAUGGUGGAGGUACAAAAACGAGCACUCAAGAAAGCCAUCGAGGCAGAGGCAAAGGCAAAGAACGCAGAGGCAGAGGCGAAGCGCAAUGUCAAAUUGGCCGAAGAAGCAGCCAAAGCCAAGUCUAUUUUCUUGGCCAACGUCUCACACGAGCUGCGGACGCCUCUAAACGGAGUCAUUGGCAAUUCGGAACUUUUACGGGACAGCAACUUGAACAGAGACCAGCUUGAAAUGGCAGAUUCCAUCCGGGUCUCGGCCGAUCUUCUGCUUACUGUUAUCAACGAUAUACUUGACUUUUCCAAGAUGGAAGCUGACAAGAUGAAGCUUUAUAUUAUUGCUUUCAACCCCGAAGAAAUGGUCAGGGAAGUCGUUCGAGCAGUCUCUUAUAGCAACCGAGAGAAGACAUCCAAAAAGAACGUCAAGAUUGUUCAUGACAUUAAUCUGCCAUCCAUGCUAAUCUACGGCGACCCAAUCCGCCUCCACCAAGUUCUCGGAAACCUCAUUGGUAAUAGCUUAAAGUUCACUGAGGACGGAUCUAUCACCAUUGGCGCCCGGCUGGACGAGGAGACUAAGGAGAGGGCAACUUUGACAUUCUGGGUCCGAGAUACAGGAAUCGGAAUUCCAAAAGAACAGUUGGCGAAGCUAUUCCAGCCAUUUAGCCAGGCCGACGCCAGCACGGCUAGAAAAUAUGGUGGAAGUGGACUUGGACUGAGUAUCUGCAAGUCACUCAUCGAAAUCAUGAUGCAAGGAACGAUUCAGCUCGAGAGUGAACCGAAUCUCGGCACUACUGCCUGGUUCACAGUCUCCUUUGAAAGAGCCAAGCCAGAUGUUGCUGCCGGAGAUGCCCAAUCCCAAGCGCUCCCGCCUAUUGACAGAUAUUCGACAAGAACUUCUUCAUUCGUGGACCGAGCUUCCUCUCCGAACCCGUAUCUCGAUCUUACGCGGAUUCCCAAAGAGGACAUUCGUAUCUGUGUGGCGGAAGAUAAUCCUAUUAAUCAAAGGAUUGCCAUCCAAUAUGUACAGCGCCUGGGUUAUACCAGUGUUAGUGCAUAUGAAAAUGGACUCAAGGCUGUUGAAGGCCUUCGACAAAAGGCUAGAGAAGGUAUCCCGUAUCACAUCGUCCUUAUGGAUGUCCAAAUGCCGAUUCUCGAUGGAUAUGAAGCUACCAAGCUCAUUCGAAGCGACCCAAUCGACGAAGUUCGGAAAAUCCUGGUGAUAGCUAUGACAGCAUCGGCAAUUCAAGGCGACAGAGAGAAGUGUCUGGCUGCUGGUAUGAAUGACUACCUUGCAAAGCCGGUUCGGGCAGAGGUGCUUAAACGGAAGCUGGACGCGUACAUGAGCAAUUCAAAUUCUGUUCCUCCCUUGUCCACUCCGUCUCCGUCAAACGCGAUCACGUAUCCAGGUUCUGCUAUGAAUGGAUAUAACGACGUGGUACCGAAUGUUCCAAAGCUACCCCCGCCUCCAAGGAAGCCCCUUCCUAGCGAUACAUCCAGCACAAGCUCUGAUUCGGUCGUUCGGAAGCCGGUUCCUCUCAGGUCCGGAUCAGGUUCGCUGCGCGACUCGCUACUUGACGGCGCUCAGUCGGAAGAGUUCCAGCACCCUGGCAGUCCCAUCUUUGAUGUUGAAGAGCUCGAAACUCCUUUUGGUGACGAUUCCGUUGCGAGUCAAGCAGAUACCAAGAGCGGAUCGACAAGCAGGACAUCUAGUGAUCAAGACUCCGACUCUGGGCCAAGAAGAGGAUCCACUGCAAAGGGGCAAAAGAGUCAGCCUCGCAAAUUGACAAAGAGCCGCGAGAACAGCACCAUUGAGGUGAAAUUUGAGAAUGGCACCCAGGAGCCAAUCAUUAAAGAACUCUAG